CCACCACCCCAGCACGGCCCGCUCUCUAUAUCUGGCGCAACUCUCCCCCCGGCCAUCUCUGCACCUGUCUUCCUCUUCGACAAGCACGCCUGCCAGAGCUCGGCACUACUUUGUGCGAAUCAUUCAACAAGAGGCAAAAUGUAUAUCGACAAGCGCCAAUUCUCCUACGGCUGGUAUGACAAUGGCUCCGGAUACUACUGGAAGGAAUGGGUCAUCUUUGCGCUCAUCCUCGUUGCUGUACUCUGCUUUAUUCUGACUGCGCGCGCCAUGGGCAGACGCCGUAUCAAUCAAGGCUUGGCACUACAAACCUGGCAUAAAUGGUUAUUCCCUGCAAGGCUCCGUAAUGGACCGCCCUAUGCACCGGCCACUACUGCAGGUGUUGUAUCUUAUCAUUCUGCUGUUGGCGGUCCAACGAGAUUUGGUAAUGGAUCUGGGAUUGCGCCGCCGCCACCGAGCUAUGACCCAUAUGCGACCAACUUGCCGGCCUAUCAACCAAUCACGAAGGGCAAUGGCGACCAUCCAGAGUAUGAAAUGGUGUAUACGACUCAGCCUGUGCAGGCAGACCAUGGACGACCUAGUUCCUCCGGCGCACCUCCGCCACAUAUUCCCUCUCAACCACCCAUGACGAGAUGAUAGUCUAUCGAGCAGCUGACUGAGAUGCAUACAUGUGGACACCGAGGUCUAUCAUUUUGGUAUUUUUGAUGUUUUUUUGGCAUGCAGCUGUAUAGCUGCUUCAUGCUACGACCUUUGCGUGGCUCUUUUCUCUCUUCUGCGUUUCUACAAUGGCUGUAUAUCUACUGC